AUGGUAGGGACCCAGACGGGAGCCCACGUGGUUCCUGUCGCUGGCGUUGCCUCCUGCCUUCAGGACCAGGCCAGGGGAAACCCGGCUCUGCAGCGGCGGAACCCUUGGAACAAGCCUGCCUGGGAGGCAGCCCAGCCCACCCCCAGGCCCGGCCUCCUGCCGCCGUGCCCUAAGGCCGGAGGGGCUGGGGGUUCUCUAGGUCCUGCUGCAGCCGAGUGCCCAGAGGCAGAGCGUGGUCGGCAGGCACUUACAGGUCAGGGGGACAGGUCAGAAGGGUAUGGCAUCGUUCUGGACCCCGCCGGCUCUUCCCACACAUCCACGUUCACCUUCAAGUGGCCAGCGGACAAAGAGAACGCCACAGGCAUCGCGGGCCAGCACAGCUCCUGUGAUGUGCGUGGUGGGGGCAUCUCCAGCUAUGCUGACAACCCUUCCGGGGCUGGGCAGAGUCUUGCGGAAUGCCUGAGCCAGGCGCUUCGGGACGUGCCCAAGGAGAGACACGUGGGCACGCCUCUCUACCUGGGAGCCACAGCGGGCAUGUGCCUGCUCAACCUAACCAGUCCAGAGGCUUCAGCCAACGUGCUCACGGCCACGACGCAGACACUGACCCAGUAUCCCUUUGACUUCCGUGGUGCCCGCAUCCUCUCGGCCCAGGAUGAGGGGGUGUUUGGCUGGGUGACCGCCAACUGUCUGCUGGAGAGCUUUAUCAAGUAUGGCUGCGUGGGCCAGUGGUUCGGGCCAAGGAAGGAGAUGCUGGGGGCCAUGGACCUGGGGGGCGCCUCCACGCAGAUCACCUUCGAGACGGCCAGCCCAGCCGAGGAUCCAGCCAGUGAGGUCCAGCUGCGGCUCUACGGCCAGCACUACCGCGUCUACACCCACAGCUUCCUCUGCUAUGGCCGUGACCAGGCCCUCUGGGGGCUGCUGGUCAGUGAACUCCAGACCCACGGCUUCCACCCCUGCUGGCCGAAGGGCUCUUCCACUCACGUGCUGCUCCAGGACGUGUAUGAGUCGCCAUGCACCACAGCCCGGCGGCCCCAGACCUUCAACAGAAGCACCAAGAUGCUCCUUCAACGGCAUCUUCCAGCCCCCUCUGGCUGGAAAGUUCAUUGUGAGUCCAGAGGACUGGGGGUGCGGGGCCGGGGGCGUGCCCUGAAGUGCUUGGGGUCUGGUCACGGUGUGGCUGUACCCCCCUCACAGGCCUGCUCUGCUUUCUUCUACACGGUGGACCUCCUGAGAACUGUGACGGGGCUGCCCGUGGCAACCCUGCAGCAACUAGAGGUGGCCGUGGUCACCAUCCGCAACCAGAUGUGGCGUGAGAGACCUCCCGGUGGCCGCUGGCCCUACAGUCUCCCACCUGCAUUCCAGCUGCAGGCUCGGGCGCCGGGGGAGCGGGCCCGCCUGCCCGACUACUGCGCUGGGGCCACAAUCGUGCAGCAGCUGCUGUGCCGCGGAUACGGCUUCGACGGGGGCACCUUCGGAGGCGUGACGUUCCAGAAGAAGGCCUGAGACACCGCGGUCGCCUGGGCGCUUGGCCACAUGCUGAACCUGACCCACCUGAUCCCCGCUGAGCUGCCCGGGCUGCGCAAGGGCACAGACUUCAGCUCUUGGGUCGUCCUCCUUCCGCUCUUCGCCGCCAUGCCCCUGGCUGCGUUCGUCCCGCUGCACCGGGCGCGCUCUGCCAAGCCUUCGAGCGCCACCUAGGGGCGAGUUGGGGGCAGCGGCGCCAGCCCCAAGUCCCCCAUGCCUCACCCCAGCCCACUCUCAACAUCUCUGUCCCUAAUGAAGGCCGGCGCAAGACUCGAGCGCCCACGCCCACAUUUGGCCCGGAUAGGUGAAGGGAACCGAAUCCAGCCCCCGCCUGCCCACUGCGGCCUUGGCUUCAUCUCAAGACCUAAUGCUCCUCCUCCUCUUACUGGGGCUGGGGAUGCAGACACCCCGCAGCCCUCCGCCUGUGAAAACAGGGUUGGGUCCCCAGGGAAUGGAAUCCUGAGAGUCCCCUCCCACCCCCCCUAGUCUUGGGUUUUAGGGGGAGGGUCAGAGCCCACAAGCUGGGAGCCAGCCCAGCGCCUACUUGUAAAAAUUUUG